CAAGGAAGCACUCGUAUCUAUUUUUGUAAACAACGUUAAUCUUAUUAUCACAAUGAUAAUUGACGAAAGAUACAAAAAAGGAAGUAAAUAAGGAGUUGAUCAAGGAAAUUAUCCCAGGGGAAGACGAAAUGUUUCGUUAGACAGGAGAAGGCACCAGUAGAUGAGUUAUUCUAUAAUAUAAACGGAAAAACCAAUCUUCAAUUAAUGGUAUUGAUGGCUUGAUUUAACAACGAUAUGGAACUAUAAUCGUACGAGUUUUUCCGCAUCAAAAAUAAUUAUAGAACCAAUAAUAUGUUUAAAAAAAGUAUAUAAAUAUAUAAAAGGACGUGACAUAUUGGACAAUGGAUUCAGAGGAUAUUGAAGUUAUCUACAGGAGAACUGCAGUAGACCAGUUAGACGUUAGCAGUUCUUCAUCUAAUCUCACAACACUCAUAAAAAUGGGAAAUAUAAAUGGCGUCAGAAAACUCUUAGAGAGAGGAGAAUCCCCUGAUGGUACUAAAAGCCAAGAAAACCCACCACUUCAUGAAUCGGUUUAUCAAGACGACAUCGAAAUUUGUAAACUACUUAUUACAUAUAACGUUGAUUUAAAUCGGCGGGAUAAACAUUUGUGCACUGCACUUCACAGAGCUGCAAUAAAGCGAUCAUUUGCCAUAGUUAAACUGUUAGUCAUAUCUGGAGCUGAUGGCAAUGCCUCUUCCCCGUCUGGAUUUACUCCAGCAAUGUUAGCCUGUCAUUCUGAUGAUAUAAGUGUAGCAGAAUACUUGGUUAAUAUAUCUACAUCAAAAUUCGAUGUUGUUGAUAAAUUUGGAAAUAACAUUCUCCACUGCUUUUGCGCUAACGGAAAGAUUGAGCAUUUUGAUACAAUACUAUCUUUUAUCAAGAAGUUUGUGGAUAAGGGAAUUUCAAUCAACGCUUUGAACUAUGACGGGCAUAUGCUUUUAGACUUUAGUUAUAGAUUUGGUAUUACAUUUGCAAAGGAAUUAAUAACAAUAGGAGCAGAUGUAACGAAGUACGAUGAUGAAGGUCGGAACUACCUUAACCGAUACUUAGAUUUAUACCUUAAUGCUGACAAUUACUUGAAGGCCUUUGUAAAAAAUGGCUUUGGGAGAAUUCCUAAAAACGUACUUAGACAUUUGAUCAAUGAACCUGACCGAGCUGGGAAAACAGCUUUUAUGAGAGUAUGUGCUGGUAUGUUCAAUUCAGCUGACGUCAUUCAGAUGUUUUGUAAUGCGGGAGCAGACAUUAAUGCCCAGAAUCAUCUUGGAGAGUCCCCAUUACAUCUGAUGUCACGUGACAUGUGGAUACCAGAUAAAGAUGCAAUUCUCUAUCUUCUUCAACAAGGUGCAAAUGUAAAUGCUGUAGACAUCUUUGGGAGAUCUCCAAUUUUCAAAAUGAGAACUUCAGAAAUCAUACAAAUAUUUAUUGACUUCAAAGCUGAUCUUAAUGUUAAGGACAAGUGUGGUCGUUCACCAUUGAUGGGGCUUCUCGUGUAUGAAAAUGCUGAACAGCUUAAGAUUCUUGUGAAAAGGGGAGCUGAUUGUAAUCUUCAAGACAUUAACGGUUCAUCUCCGUUGCAUUACGUAGCAUGGUAUAAUUCAGUACCAAUUGCACACGUGCUUUUGCAGUCAGGGGCUGAUGUUAACCUUCAAGAUCAAAUGGGACACAACCCAUGUGGUCUUGCGAAAGCCUUAGGAAAUUUAGAUGUAGCUUUAGUUCUUACAAAUGACUGCAUGACAAAAUCGUUAGAUGCAGAUCAUGGUAUUUGUAGGUCUCGCAUAAUGAAGGAAAUAAAAUACGACAACAACCUCAUCGUUGAAAACAUAAUAUCUCCGCCUGAAGAUCCAAAUGAAUUGACAUAUAAUAUUCUUCAAAGUUCGGGAAUAGGAAAGCCAUCAGAUGCAGAAACUACUUCCGUUGUGAAAACGGUUUUUGAUUUCGUGUCUCGAAUUUGUGAUAAAAUUGGAAUAACAAACUCUCGAUUUAAGGUGAGAGGUACGUAAAUGAACGCCUAUAGCGGAAAACGGGAAAAUUUGCGUUCGUUGUUAUGAGAGUUAUCUCCCUUACACCAGAAAAAUAUUUUCAAGAUGUCGGAAGGUAUUCCGCUUCGUCGGAAAAAUGGUCAAUUCGGUUGAAAAGUAUUAAAUGCUUCUCAUCAAAAUAUAACAAAAAAUGUAUAAUUGGAAAUGAAAUGUUUUGUCCGAGUGAAACAUUGCUUCCCUCCCAAGAAAAUGAAAGUAAUUUGGCAUGGCGUGAUGGUCGAAGAGUGGUUGAGUUGGGUUACUAGCUGGCCAACUUAAAGCUUGCAUGAACUGCUAUGCACCAUUGUUUCUACACAACUGUUUAAAAGAACAAAAAUACGAUCUCGCAAGUGUUUGUAUAUACCUUGUUGUAGCUGUCCCUACACAAACUUAAUAAACACUGGUAAACGGCACUGAUCAGAUACUUCAAAAAAGGGAAUGUUGAUAUGGGACGUGAAUACAAAAUGUAGUAUGGGUAAGAAUAUUACAAACACCUGCAUAUACACACAAUAACAAAUUAAGCUCAAACUAUUUGUUAUUACAUGUAAUUGUCAUGCCUUUGGCCCUCUUGUGGGUGUAAUUUGUGCUUUAAUAAAUUAAUAUAAUAUUUUUA